AAACUCACUGAUCGAAGAAUGCAAUGUAAACAGGUUCAGCAUAUUAAUCUAUACAUUAUAGCUACGACGAGCGUUUAACUUCAUAUUGAAGAAGCUGGGUAGGUUACUCUUUACUCGGCAGUUUUUGUUCGAGAACGUUUGUUUUUCUGUCUAUUGCGUUUUUUAAAACGGAGACCCUCUCUUGAAGAACUCUUUUACUAUACAAAACGCCCUCAACAAAUUUCGACGUUAUUAUCCGUUUUUACAUAGCUCUGUAUUACGGAGAGAACCUGAAGAAUGAAAACCCUUAUGAUCUCCAUUUUUCUUGGCUACGUCCUGUCAUCGACACUGAAGUUUUCUCCGCAUAAAUGGACUAAGGUCAUCUUGACUCACCACUGGCCAGAGACAUUUUGCACUAUCGAACACUGCAAAGCCAACUUUAGUUACUGGACCCUACAUGGAUUUUGGCCUAACCAUGGCAAUGAAUGUAACUCAUCCUGGCAUUUCAAUGCAAGUUUGAUAAAGGACUUAAUGCCAGAAAUGAGAACAUACUGGCCAGAUCUUCUUAAUCCUGCAUCUACAGCAUUUUGGAAGCAUGAAUGGUUGAAGCACGGAACAUGUGCUGCUGAAGUAGAGGCUCUAAACGGUCAACACAAAUAUUUCAGCAAAGCACUUGAGCUCUACCACAAACUGGACCUUGAUGGUGUACUGAAGAAGAGUCAGAUACUUCCCUCUGAAAACCCCUACAAGCUGGCAGAUCUGGAAAUGAGCAUCAGCGAUGCUUAUAAAGUAACGCCAAAGAUUCAGUGCAUUUCCCAAGAACAGGGUGGUCAGAUUCUGGGUCAGAUUGAGAUCUGUAUGGACAGGCAGUUUCAGCUCAUUGACUGUGAGAAAACUUCAGAGGAGCUUUGGAGCAGAGACAACGAAGUUCUGUGGCUUGCACUCAACAGCAGCUCAAUCUACAGUGUGUGUGAUCCAUCUGUGCCAGUAUACUAUCCCUUAGUUGACACACUGGAGAGGACGAAGGCUCGUUAAGAUACUUACACUUCCGUGCUUCUGUGCAUACACGUCUUUUCCAUUAGAGGUCAGCACUUGCACUCUCCAAUAUAGGUUUGAGACCUUAUUUUAAGUCAUAUUUUAAGAGAAAGUUUUUUUUAUAAUGUAUCUUUUAAAUUUUAACUACAACUCUGUGUGUAACCUCAUAAUUUAAAUAAAGAAUAGAAAAAAGAAUGAUAUAUCCUUUUGAAAA